AUGGGGUCGAUUUCGAGCCCCGCCGAGGCUGUUGCCAGAAUCGCAUAUUUAGCCAGCGAUGUCGUUCUCUCAGUCCAACCCGCCCUCAAGACCGAAUCUGAGUUCUCCCAUCACCUUGGUCGAUUUGCCGCAAACCAAGCAAAAAAUGUUGUAUCCAAAACCACACCCGAGAUCGUGUCAGUACGACAAAACGCGGAUCCUCUGCUCUCUGUCUACACUGCACUAAAGGCCGGGAAACUGGUUGCAGCGACGGCGCCAUCAUCUAUAUUGUUAAACUCGGUACCACAUCUCUAUAAACUCGCACAGUAUCCCAUUGUGCUGCAUGUGGUCCUCGGAACCCCUCACCCAGAUUUUUCCGAAAUCAGCUCCGUUCGGCAGUCAGGAUUUACGUUUUUGCAGUCCGAGACUCUCCAAGAGACGCAGGAUAUCGCUUUGACAGCCCAUGCUCUGGCUAUCAAAAGUGGACGCGGUGUUUUACAUUUCUACGAUCCCAGUAAUUCACUCUACGACACCCCAAUUCAGAUCGAAAGCCGAGACUUGGUUCAGUCUGUCCUCGAAAACGCUCUCAAUUCACGAUCUUCGCACUCGGAAUCCCCCGAGGAAACGCUGUAUGCUGCCAAUGGGAGGACUGCAACCGUGACUGGUCUCGGGUCACCAACGAUAUUGUCAGGUCAGGCACAGUCGGGAGAAGCGCAGGAGCCUCUCUCGCCUCUUAUUGCUUCGUCCUCUACCAAUGGCACCACCGAUGUCUCAUCUGGUUUAUCAUCUCGACGAGACAGCUCAUCGGAGAGCACAACUCCAUCUUCCCUUGCAACAACUGUCGAUGUUCCGGUUUCUCGUCCGGUCAGCAGCACAGAUAUCUAUCAUUACGCCACCGAAAUUUGGUCCGCCAUUGAGCGUGCAACUGACCGCAGCUAUAAUGCCAUAGAGUACUCCGGUCCUCCAGAUGCUGAAGCGGCGCUUUUUAUCUUCGGAUCAACGGGAGUCUUUGUUGACGUUCUUGACGCCGAUGAUGUACCACCAGAAUUGACAAAUGUUGGUUUGAUCACUGCUCGCCUCUAUAGACCUUGGCUCGGAAGCUCUGUCCUCCUCAAUUCCAUCCCAUCAACAAUCAAGAGGAUUGCUGUUCUCGAACAAAUUCGACGGAAAACUACCAAAUGGGGUCCUUCAUUCCUGGAUUUACUGUCGAGUUUGAGCCCUGCUGAUGGCGAGAAAAGUCCAAUUUCACUUGUCCAAUACAGGCUUGGCCAGAUCGACGCUGCGACGGCUCUUCAGGCACUCCGCGGAAUAUUCCAGAACCUGGCACCACCCACGACUCCUCGAAAACACACACGGCGACGUGGUCACUCACAAAGCGCUGCAAUCCUCAUCCAGAAUUUGACUAUUGGAACCGAGAAGAACCCUCACGUGGACGACUUUAAGCCUGAGCAACCAGAGUUGGAAAAUGCCUAUCUCAAGAUCCUGGACCAGCUAUUCAGCGACAGACUGUAUAUUGCCAACGCUCUGAAUCAAAAGAACGCUGGCGUCUCGUCAACCUUAGCUGCAUCCCCCGAGUACGGCUUUGGAUCACUCCUUGCACGUAUCGAAGGACGACAGAAAUUCGUAAAGGAAGCUGAAGAGGCCGCACGCAGCAAGUCUUUCAUCACAGACAAUCCCAAGCAAUGGCUGUCCAAAUGGGUGUUGAAUGCAGCCGACCCAAUUAAGGCCAAUGAAAUUGCUCCAGAAGUCCUCGCCAGACUGGCAAAUGAUGGCUCAGCGCUCGCAUCAACACUCCUCGAUAAAAAAUCUUUCUUCUACAAAGAAUCGCAAUGGCUGGUUGGAUCUGACGCUUGGUCGUACGAUCUAGGGAACUCGGGUGUUCAUCAUGUUCUUGCAUCAGGCGCCAAUGUCAAUGUAUUGAUAGUCGACUCGCAACCUUACUCUGAGCGCGUGGCGGCAGACUCCCUCCGGAGAAAGAAAGACAUCGGUCUCUAUGCUAUGAAUUACGGUAACGCCUACGUCGCUUCAGUCGCAGUCUAUAGCUCUUACACGCAAGUCCUACAAGCUAUGAUUGAAGCCGAAAAAUUCAACGGCCCGUCCAUCGUUCUUGCAUACCUUCCAUACAACAAGGAGAAUGAUUCAGCAUUAACGGCACUACAAGAAACAAAGAAGGCAGUCGAUCUCGGUUAUUGGCCACUCUAUCGUUGGGAUCCAACCAACGAGGAGAAGGGAGAGCCAACUUUCAAUCUUGACUCAGAAAGAAUCAAACAGGAACUGGAACAAUUCUUGAAACGUGACAACCAACUGACUCAGCUGAUGAACCGACAUCCUCAAUUUGCUGCAAACCUUUCAGAGUCGUAUGGAUCUGAAGUUCGCAAGCUCCAGAAACGCAAAGCGAAGGACGCAUACGAGCAAAUGUUGGAAGGUCUCUAUGGCGCACCUCUGACAAUCUUAUUCGCAUCAGACAACGGCAAUGCUGAAAGUUUGUCCAAAAGAUUGGGCAAUCGUGGCAAAGCUCGCGGUUUGAAGACAAUGGUCAUUGCCAUGGAUGACUACCCUAUCGAAGAUCUCGCCAAUGAAGAGAAUGUCGUUCUUAUCACGAGCACAGCUGGCCAGGGAGAGUUCCCACAGAACGGCCGUGCCUUCUGGGAAGCGAUCAAAGAUUCGACAGACAUAGAUCUAUCCAACGUUCACUACUCAGUGUUCACUCUCGGAGAUAGCCACUACUGGCCUCGGAAGGAAGACAAGAUUUUCUACAACAAGCCGGGCAAGGACCUUGAUGCCCGACUUCAGUUCUUAGGCGGCAAGCUGUUGACACCUAUCGGUUUGGGUGAUGACCAAGAUCCUGACACCUAUCAGACGGGGUACCAAGAAUGGGAGCCACGGCUGUGGCAGGCUCUCAGUGUGGACAAUGUCGAAGGAUUGCCGGAAGAGCCAGCGCCUAUCACCAACGAAGACAUCAAGAUCGAGUCGAACUUCCUCCGAGGUACUAUCAAAGAAGGGCUAGCAGACACCUCGACUGGUGCAAUCUCCGCACCCGAUCAGCAACUCACCAAGUUCCAUGGUACAUAUAUGCAAGAUGAUCGUGAUUUAAGAGAUGAGCGCAAGGCUCAAGGUCUUGAACCUGCUUACUCCUUCAUGAUCAGAUGCCGCCUUCCGGGAGGUGUCGCUACGCCUAUGCAAUGGCAGCAAAUGGAUGCGAUUUCAUCCGCACACGGCAACGAGACCAUCAAACUUACGACUAGACAGACGUUCCAAUUCCAUGGAGUUAUCAAGACUAAGCUGAGACCCGCCAUGCAGGCCAUCAAUAAGGCGCUUAUGACCACCAUCGCCGCCUGUGGCGAUGUCAAUCGAAACGUCAUGUGCUCAAGCUUACCCACCCAGUCCGAGUAUCAUCGAGAAGUGCAUGCAAUCUCUCAGAAGAUCUCGGAUCACCUACUACCCUCCACGACAGCCUACCAUGAAAUCUGGCUCAAAGACGAUACCACUGGUGAGAAGACUCAAGUUGCUGGUGAUGCCGUUCAGGACUUUGAGCCUCUUUACGGCCCCACGUACCUGCCUCGAAAGUUCAAGAUUACCAUUGCCAUUCCGCCACACAACGACACCGACGUCUACGCCCACGACAUCGGUCUGAUCGCCAUCCGCAAAGGUGACCACCUGGAAGGCUUCAACGUCCUCGCCGGUGGUGGCAUGGGCGUGACGCACAACAACAAGAAAACCUACCCGCGAACCGGCUACAUGAUGGGCUAUGUUCCCGCCGAUAAAGUCCACCUCGUAUGCGAGAAAAUUAUGCUGGUGCAACGUGACCACGGCGACCGCAAGAACCGCAAGCACGCGCGUCUGAAGUACACAAUGGACGACAUGGGCAACGAGGUGUACAAAGCCAAGACCCAAGAACUCCUCGACCCUCUCAACAUCAAAUUCGAGUCCCCUCGCCCCUUCAAAUUCGAAUCCAACAUCGACACGUUCGGGUGGCAGAGGGACGAAAAGGGCCUGAACCACUUCGCCUUCUUCAUCGAGAACGGACGCGUCGAAGACACCGCCACAUUCCCGAUGCGCACAGGUCUCCGCGAGAUCGCCAAGGUCCACACGGGCGAGUUCCGUCUGACGGGCAACCAGCACCUGAUCCUGUCGAAUGUGACAGACGCAGCGAAGCCGCAGCUCGUGGAGCUGAUGAAGAAAUACAAGCUGGACAACACGCAGUUCUCGGCGCUGCGGCUGUCGAGCUCCGCGUGCGUCGCGUUCCCGACCUGCGGCCUCGCCAUGGCCGAGUCGGAGCGCUACCUGCCGGAGCUGAUCAGCAAGCUCGAGGGCUGUCUCGAGGAGAACGGCCUCAGCCAGGACAGCAUCGUCAUGCGCAUGACGGGCUGUCCGAACGGGUGUGCCCGCCCGUGGGUCGCCGAGGUCGCCUUCGUGGGCAAAGCCUACGGCGCUUAUAACAUGUAUCUGGGCGGCGGGUAUCACGGCCAGAGACUGAACAAGCUGUACCGCAGCAGUAUCAAGGAGGACGAGAUCCUCGAGAUCAUGAAGGGCUUGUUGUCGCGGUAUGCCAAGGAGCGGAACGAUGGCGAGAGGUUCGGCGACUGGACCAUCCGUGCCGGUGUCAUUAACGAGACCACCGAAGGGAAGUUCUUCCACGAGGGCACCGCCGAGGAGGAGAGUGAUGAGGAAUGA